AUGAGCGAAUCAAGCUCAAAGUCCAGCCAGCCUUUGGCUUCCAAACAGGAAAAGGAUGGCACUGAGAAGAGAGGUCGGGGUAGGCCACGCAAACAGCCUCCGGUGAGUCCUGGGACAGCGCUGGUAGGGAGUCAGAAGGAGCCCAGCGAAGUGCCAACACCUAAGAGACCUCGGGGCCGACCAAAGGGAAGCAAAAACAAGGGUGCUGCCAAGACCCGGAAAACCACCACAGCUCCAGGGAGGAAACCAAGAGGCAGACCCAAAAAACUGGAGAAGGAGGAGGAAGAAGGCAUCUCGCAGGAGUCCUCCGAGGAGGAGCAGUGA